AUGUCCAGCAAGAAAAAAUCCUUCAGUGAGCAGUUCACACUCUGCAGUGCACUUCUAGAUGCGACCCAACAGGGAGAGUCUGAGGCUGCAGAGCUAAAGGAGAAACAGCAUAUCCUAAACUCAGUUCAGGAUACACUAUCCAAGAUAGUAAAGAGCUAUGACACUGUUUCCAGUAACAUUAAACUGAAGGAGCAACACAUCAGUGGCAUCAUUAAUGAGAUUGAACAGGUACACAGGCAAAAUGAGAGACAGCAGACAGAAAUACAGGUGAUCCAAACGGAAACUAUGAAACUCAGCUACAGCAUAGAGGAGCAAUUAGAGAGCUCGCAUUUCUUGCUGGCUCAGUACAACACUUACCAUAAUAAAAUGGAGAGCUACAAAAUGUCUGUCUCUGCACUGGAGAACCAAGCAACUAUUCAUAAGGAGUUGAUGGAAAAAAUGGAAGAGGUGAAGAGGCUCAAGGAGCACAGAGAGGAACUGAAGGUGGACUUACAGAAUCCAGAGGGAAAUGCUAUACAACAAGCUCAGAAAGAAAUUGAUAACGUUAAGAUCCAGAUACAUAACACAAAAGAGCUUAUCAGAGGAAAAGGGAUACUACUGGAGAAAGAGAAAAAGAACCAUUCACAACUGAGAAAGGAUAUAGCAAUUCACAACAGGAGAUGCGAGGCCAUUGCAAAAUGGCUUUGCUGCCAGCUGAAAAAGGCUCAGUCCAGUCACGAAGAGCUGAGGAGUGACAUCUUUCAUACAGAGAAAGAGGUGGAACAUCUCAAGAAGCAAUUAAGUACCUCAUAA